AUGCCUGAUAACAAGUCUUCUACCAAGUCCACCUCGGCGUUGGUCUCUGCGACUUUGCGAGAACACACCACGCCAUUGACCGAACGAACCGAAGCCAUCGUCUCGGCAUCACAAUCAAUAGCUGCGCAGAAACGCAUUCUGAUUCAGGACACGCAAAAACUGUCGCAACAAGCGCAAGAGCUCGAGAAGACAAUGAACCAGAGCGUGGAUCAGCUCAAGGAGCUGGGUGAUCUUCAGAACUGGGCCGAAGUUGUGUUUCGGGAUAUCUCAGUGAUAGAGGAGACUCUGAGAAUGGUCGAUGAACAGGAGGCGAACAACCAAGGAGGUGACAAUCCGGAUAGCAGAACCACAUAG